UUCAAGAUGGCGGGGUUAUACGAGAUUGUUGAUUAAUGAAUUGGAAACGUAAAAGGGAGACUUCAAACCCAUUGUCGAGAAAGCCCAAUUCAACCAGUGUUUAGGACUUAUUUUCGUUAUCUUAUGGAGUGGGAAUUCGAAGUAAAUGAUUUGAUUUGGUUUAGCGAAUCAAGUGAAAAUCCCUUCCGGUUUUUGGUAAAGUUUGCCGAAGGAUUAGACGAUCCAUACAGGAGGAGAAAGCAUGCCAUUUCAUACGUUGACGCUAAUAAAGCUCUCGAGAAGUAUAUUACCUACUUUGGAUUUCGCAGCCGAGAGGAAAUUAAGGCUAUUAGUGAAGAACAAAGCCGAAGUGUUUUAGUAAAAACGGAAAAUCUGCACGGGGCUGCAAGUAGAGCACUGAAAGUUACAGACUUUGUUUCUGGUCUUGAUCUCGGAGAACUACAAGAAAGACUUGUAGAGACAUUUCUUGUUUGUUUGGAUCAAGACUGGAAUUACGUCGUAGGCCAGUUUCAAUACAUAGCAACAUUCGAAGCUUUACUAAAAGUAUUUUUGCGGGAUAGCCCUCGCAUGUCUUGGUUGAAAUGGCAGUUUGACUUGACUGGCAGCUCGGUUGAAAUAGCACAAGUCCCGGAAGUAAGCUAUGAGGAUAAAAUCAGGGUGGUACAUGUCAAUCCUGAGUAUGAUAUCAUUAUGAGUGUAUCGCAUACUGCUUUGGGACUUGAAGAUCAAGACCAGUGCAUUACCGAAACGAAAUACCCAGGAUAUUAUUUUGUGGAGGUUCCUUCAUUCUCAGAUGACAGUGAGGAAGAUUUGUUAAAGCUAACGACAUUUAGAAAUUCCAAGUGCUACCUGUCUGCUGCAAAGUUCAGAAGCGAGAUUUAUCAAAUAAUUUAUGACCUCAAGAUGUUUUCAAAUGUGGCUGACAAUAAAACACCAGGAAAUGAAGAUUUUGAAAUGAAAGUAGCACCUCAUGGGCCAGCUGUUCAAAUUGACGAGACAUUUGAGGAUGGAGAGUGGCUGUCAUCAUCAUUUGACUUGGUUCCUGCAAUUAAGUUUACCAGCUGGCCAAAAUGCUGCCAGGAAUGGUUGGAAAGAAAAAGAGCUUGGCCUCCGCAGGAUCUGGUGCAAGAAAUUGUCCAGGGAGGCUUUUAUCUUGUGCCAAAGGCAUCUCAAGGAGGCAAUGAAGAACUUGAGUGGCGCAUCUCUUUCUCCACAGCUGAGGGAAAACUGAUGAGAGCCAAGGGUCUUGGAAACAGAAACUACUGUUACCGCAUGUUCAAAAUGGCCAUCAAAGAAAAUAUUACCUCAACUUGUAAGCUUGUUACAACUUAUCACUUGAAGACUCUCCUUCUCUGGGCGAGUGAAAGGUACCCACCAGACAGAUGGUCAGAUGAGAAUGUUGCAUUGUGCUUUCUGGGUUUGGUGGAUGAUUUGUUACAUUCUUUGCUGACUUGCUCAUGUCCUCACUAUUUCAUCCCAGAACUGAACCUGUUUGCAAAUUGCAGUACGGACCACUUGCAUUCAAUUGCAAGCAAAGUGUCUGCCAUUCGUAAAUUUCCCUUAAGAUACCUCCAGAGACCAGGAGAAGAUGCAAGAGCAGGUUAUGAUAACUUCAUAUCAGCAAUGAAAGAAUGGGAAGAAAUGGACUUUCAAUAAAUAUAAACCUUGCACCCAUUUUUCCAUA